GUAGCUAAUUGGUGGAGUAACAUUUAGCGGGAGUUGGCGUCACUGUUAUAAGUGGCAAGUGAAAAAUAUUGAAGAAAAUUCUAAAUCUAAAGAUCAAAGUAGGGUCGAGUUAUUAUUAGUAGAGGCACGGAUUUAAUAGUGGAAUAACCUGCCGGAGUAAAACGAAACAAAAAUAAUGUCGGGUUCCGCAUGUUUAUUAAAUAAUAAACUAAUAACAUAUAUUAUUGACACAUAACCUCGUUGAAAUUAAAUAAAUCACAAUAAUACCUACUUCAUAGGGUGCGAAAAGUCGGGGGUUUAUUGUGCUACAAAAAAGUACAGUGAACGUUCGUUUUAGAAUUCACACGUAUCAAAGGCAGACGGAGGGAAUCUCUUGUAUAUCGAGUCUCCAGAAUUAAGAAAACACUUGUAGAAAUACGUAGAUACUCUAGACAUACUUUUAUACGUAUGUAUAUAAUUAUAUACGUGUAAUUGUCUAUGCAGCGAACACGCCCCUUUAGUAGUUCCCGCAAUAAAUAUAGACUUUGUAUUUUUCGUUAAAUGACGAGCUGUUACGUGUAACUACACAAAAAUUAUUCGCAAACAAAUAUAUCAUGAAAUGUCGAAUUUUACUAAUUUGUCAACCUCUGUAAUUAAUGCUUCCAACAAGGGUAACGAAUAUCCUUCCGAAAAUUUCACUGGUUCCACGUUUAAUGAACCAUUGGAUAAAAUAACGACACUGAAUAAUAAUACAAAGCGUGAGAAAGUUGACGGACCCAACGAACAAAACGAAAUAAGCGAACCGCAUUGUUUAAAUGUCUCUAGAAUUGUAUGUAUUGUGAAUUUCCUCAUGAAGUUGAUACUAUUCGAUCAGAAAGUUGAAAAGCUAAGGAAGAAUGUCCGGAACAUUGUAUCGUUGGCAAGGCUAUCACUGGUCUUAGCUACUCUGUCCAUUGUUAUUCAGUUAUUACCUUUAACUGAGGCUGCUGAACCCUUGGGCAAUCCGUAUGAAAUAUUGGGAGUUUCUAGACAUGCGACCAUACAAGACAUACGCAAAGCUUAUAAACACCUUGUCAAAGAAUGGCAUCCGGACAAAACAGAUCAUCCAGCUGCAGAAAACAAAUUUGUGGAAAUCAUUAAGGCGUAUGAAUUAUUAACUGAUCCGGAAAGAAGAAAGAAAUAUGACAAUCAUGGAAUCACUGAGGAAGGCAUGCCUCGGCAGCGACGAGAUAGCAGUCACUUUAAUAUGCCAGAUCCCUUAGAAGAUUUGUUUGGUGGAAAUUUCAAAUUCCAUUAUCAGAAUCGAGAUAUCACCCUAUUUCAUAAAAUGAGCAUUACGUAUCGCGCAUUUGAAAAUAUGAUUGUUCCCAAGAGCUACCGGAAUCCACAGUUUAUUCUAUUUUAUUCGGACUGGUGCUUUGCUUGCCUCCAAGUAGAGCCUACCUGGCGACGUUUGAUGGAUGAGCUAGAACCCUUAGGAGUUGGUUUAUCAACAGCUCACGCAGAGAGAGAACCGGCGUUAGCCCGAAGACUUGGCAUACAUUCUUUACCGUGUUUAGCUGUUACUUUUGAUGGGCGAACAAGUGUUUACAAAGAAUCAUUGUUUAGUGUACAGAAAGUUGUUGAAUUUCUGAGGAGCAAAUUUCCAUAUAAGCUGGUGCAGAACAUUAACGAAGAUAAUAUGAACACUUUUCUAUCUGGAUGGUUUGAUAACAGAGUUCGGGCUUUGGUGUUUGAAAGAAGAGAGUCAGCGAGGCUCCGAUAUCUUCUCAUGGCCUUCCACCAUAGGGAUCGAGUUGCCUUUGGAUUUGUGCAGGUUGGAAAGUCUGAAAGUGCCUCAAUCACAACAAAAUACAAAGUCUCAGGAGAUCUUGACACACUCUUGUUAUUUAAUGAAAACUCAGAGAAGCCUGUUGCUUGUGUUAGCAUGAAGGAUAUACCAAGUGAAACGAUGCACAAUGUCAUUGCAAAUAAUAAAUUUCUGACGCUUCCAAGACUUUCAAAUCAGGCUAUGCUAGAUUCUGUUUGCCCACCAGAAUGGCAAAGACCACGCAAACGUCUGUGUGCCAUUUUAAUAUCACAAAACAGCCCUGUGCACGACAUAGCUAGGCAUAAAUUUAGGCAAGCAGCACUUGAAUCUCCAUACAGCAUCGAACGAGUAAGAUACACAUACGUCUAUAAAGAGACACAGCCUGAAUUCGUCUCCGCGUUGUCUAGUGGAGAAGGUAGCCCACUUGAUCCACUUUGGCAUAUUGUCAUAAUUUGGAGACGAGACGCUAACCAUUUAAAAUAUGAGUGGUUACCAAAUGAAUGGUUUCAAACAAAUCAGGGUGAUGCGCAAUGGAACGAAACUCGACAAAGCUUGGAACAAACCAUACAAAGACUUUUGCGUAUCUCUGAGGCACUACCAUAUGCAGCGGAAGUGGUAGAACUAACCGACGAACACGCACAGGGUACGGUUGGCAGACUAAUUGGCAGAGCUUUACUGGCAGUGGAUUAUAUAUCGGAUAGUUUGACUAAAGAGCAACUGUUGCCCUUACUGUCGGUAGUGGCUACGUUGCUAUUGAUCGGAGCUGCUGGUUACGGGAUGUCAUAUUUAUUGACAUUAGAAGAAGCUAGCGUUCAGGCACAACGUGCCCAGUGCAAGGACAACACUAAAUCGGUUCCAUCACAACCACAGUUGAGAUUACAUGAAGUAAGAGCAGAGAAGUACAAUGGUCUUGUACGCCUCUUAAAACCAGGUUGCCGUACUAUAAUAUUACUGGUAGAUGCUCAAAGUAGAUUGAAACUACUUCCAGUUUUUCACAGAGCUGUUUGGCCUUAUAGGAAAAAUAAGACCCUAAUGUUUGGGCAUUUGUCAUUAGAACGCGGGUUGGAGUGGUAUAAGAAAAUUUUGUCUCUCAGUUUACCUGAGCAAAGAGAGCUGAACGUGAAUCCGAAAAAUUGCGUUGGUACCGUACUGUCAUUAAAUGGUCAUCGGAAGUAUUUCUGUAUGUACCAUGCAAAGCAUCCAGAGUGUAGUAAAGGAAAGGGCUCCAAGCGUAUGGAACGAAUGACAAAACAACUAAGUCUACGAUCCGAUGAUGCAGAGGCUGGUGCUUUUAUUGGUUUUGAUAGUUCCAGUGACUCCGAUGUAUCACAUGAAGAGACGAAAAAUGAUAUCUUAUAUCAAGAUAAACUGCUUGAUGGGCUACCCAUGUGGCUCGAUCGGUUAUUUGAGGGCUCAACCCAUCGCUACUACGUAAAUUACUGGCCGGACUUCACUGCCAAGUAAAUGAAAAGUUACUACUUACCGCUGAAAAAAAUGUAUGCCUUUCAAAUGAUAUACCUUUUUAAUUCUAGUCAACUAAUUGAAGUAAGAUCAUGAUAUCUGUUCGAGAAUGUAUGGAAUAUGCCGUGCAAAAGACAAAUUAUUUAUAGUUAGUUAAUGUUAUUAUAUUCUCAAAAGAAUUCUUCAUUUUAGCUCGCGUAUACUUACAUAACUUCUAUGCAGAAUUUUGAGGAUAAGAUUUGAUACACAGAAAAUUCGUGAAAAUAAUAUAUGUCGCAUCGUAAGCACUAGACCGGAGUUUAAAUAUAUGUAUAAGUAAAUUACAGUUACUUGCAGUUCUCACCAUACGUAGGAGAGAUUAGAAUCGUUGAUUUGAAGUUGGAGGUUGAUUUUUUUUUCUCACAUUGACCAAAGUAUCAAAGACUGAAGAAGUGAGCAGGUUUUGUUUAAUAUUUAUUUCUAUAGCAUUGUUAUUUAAUACAUCAUUGAGGGCCCUGCACCAGAGUCAAAUCUCAUCUUAUACAUUUCAAUAACUGUUGUAUAUUUAGUCAAGUUGGAUAUUGAGGAAAUCCGCUAAUCUAGUCAAUAGCUUAUCUGAAAAUAUCCCACCUGUCUAGUCUUAAAUGUUACAUUAUUGAUCAACCCAGGGUCGAAGAUUUCGAAAAUGUUCAGUACAGAUAUUUACAGAUACCCAGGUAUGUUGAGUAUAUGGUUAUCUCUAAGUAAGCACAGUAAGUUUUAUUUCAUAAAUAAGUUAACGGUAUAGUUUUUAUCUCCUACAAUGUUUUUGCGCAAAUAAAAUGAUCCCAUUAUCGAUACCCACUCGUAAGUGCGCAGUAUCUAUCCGUCGCUAACUACAUAAACAUUACCGGCAUUGAUGACCGGAAACACUUUCUGAAUACUUUUUUCCGAAUGAUGAUUUCUGAAAAGUGUUUUAAUAAUUUGAUUUCAAACUUAAACAACUGUGGAUGCGCCCAUGUUUUAAGAUAUUAAGCUUUGAAAUUGAAGCGUUUUGAUUUUGUUUGACGACUAAGCUAUGAACACGGAGUAAUGUCUCCUUCAUUCAAUAAUAAAUAAACAAUCUUUAUGAAGCCGGUGAGCUUGGUUGGCAACUACUUAGAACGCUGCUAUGGUCCUAACAAAGCCUGCAUAUAAGUAAUGUAUUGUUCUGUAUCGUUUAGAGAUUAUUCGCAUUUAAUCUACUAAAAGCUGAAUAUUGUUAUUUAUAUAUAUUUUGAGAUUCCGUAAGUUCAUUAGCUGUGAGUUUUGACCUGAGCAAUGAAUGAUCUGGUUGUUGAUAAGGAAUAAGUCCAGCUACUUGUUAUGAUUAUAAAUGAGCAUACUUUUAUAACAAUCAAUAGAUUUAUCACAUGCUAUACACUUUUGCACUAAUUACUUACUGCUGUGAUAAAUAAGCUAGGAGCUUUUAGGUAUGAAGUUUCCUACCAAAGCAGAAUAUAGGAUAGCAACUAGAUGAAUUGAUAUCAACAAUUGUAGCUUAAAGUUGGCUAAAGGCAGCAGCUAGAAAUAGGCAGCAAAUUCGUAUCGUAUAUGAACACAAUGUGCACCAGGAUCUACGAAGUGGGUCUAUGCAAUAUUUGGUCACUCACUGAGUAUCAAGUACUAAUAAAUAAAAAAAUCAAUCUCUUGAUAUCAUAAUAAUUGAUACCUAACGAACAUCGUUGUGUUGUGAUCUUUAAUGUCCACCAACACCUGCAUCAAUUAAACCUAAUGAAUUUACGUAGUUGUAUUACGAAUUUUUAGACAAACUUCUUUAUACUCAGUUUUGAUCGCCUACUCCGCACUAAAAAAUUUAUAUAUCCCCAAAUUGAAGAAUUAUGACAAAUAGUAAUCUCAAUCCUAAAAAUAGCGAUGAUUAUACACCAAUACAUGGUAAGAUGAGUUCUUAUAACAAUGAGUUUCUUGAAACUUCAGACGCGAAGAAACAGUAGCAUGAAUUGAGCUGACUUAAUACUGUGUCAAGUUUGUAACCAGGUAAACUUCACCAACGUGUCACAGGGAUCCAGUUGUUUCUAAUUUGCUGCUGGACCCAGUAUUGAAUGUUAUGAAUUCGAGCUAAAGUCUAACUGAAAAAAGAACUCUGAUAUUCAUAAGUCCUCAAUGAGCACAUGCGUACAUAUUAUUUCAAAUAUUAUUCUGUAUAUCUGUCUUGAAAUGUGAAGUAGAAUUAAGUGAGCAUUGUGAUUCUUGUCACUUUCGCAGUGAAAUCACUGGAAUAUAAAAUUACAAUGCCUGUGCUCAUGGAUCAAUAGUUAUAAAGUAACGAGCGGACAAAAAUUCGUAGAUACGAUUUGAAACCUUUAAGAUUAGAAUUAUUAGCGCUAGAGUAUUACUCUCUUGAAAAACGUUUCAAGAUCAUAUUUGAAACUGAUCUUAAUGAAUUUAAUACCUUGAUAACAUUAGAAUACAAUACAAGAAGUUGUUAUUGGUAAUAAAACACAUUGAUGUUCUUAAAGAACGGUGGAAAGUUGACCAGCACGAAGGAAGUCUUUUGACUUUUGUACAUUAUUACUUGAUCAGCAUCCAAUCAUUCGAAAAUUAAAGAAUAUUAAAAAAAUAUUUAAUAAAUUUAAUUGAAUCUCCCA